UAUCGACAGUAACUCCUUGAGUUAACCACGGUUAGAGCUUGAUUAAGCUAAAUUGAUGCCCUCCCCACCAAACAGUACUCACCACCGGAGGUUUACCAAACCCUACGUCGUGCUGCCUUCACCGAUUGCUUCAAUUUUAUCAAUUGCAUAAUGCAAAUGUUACGAGAUAGACAUUGGAAAAUAAAACGAUGCUGCAGUCUCCAAUGUGUGUCACGAAGAUAAUGACUCUGAGUAUGAAUUUCGAAGUCUAACUGAGGAGAUUGAACAGUAUUGGAUUGUCAUGGAAUUAUCUUCGUACGUGCUCUUUCUUAGCCUCAGCCGUUUGCUGAUUGUCCAACAAGGUGCAGGGAAGAAAGGUUUUGGUCCAGGGGAACAAGAAUGGGGAUAUGUGACAGUGCGACCUGGUGCUCACAUGUUUUGGUGGCUCUAUUAUGUCACUCCAGAAUCUUAUAAGCUGGAUGUCAAUGGGAACGCCAGCGUCUACGACAAACCUCUGAUAAUUUGGUUGCAAGGAGGUCCAGGCAGCUCGUCCACUGCCAUUGGUAAUUUCGAAGAAAUUGGACCGAUUGAUGUCGAAGGCAAUCUUCGAAACGUGACUUGGGUGCGAGACUGUAAUGUUCUGUUUGUCGACAAUCCCGUGGGAGCGGGAUUCAGUUAUGUUGACGAUAUCAAUCUAUUCGCGAAAAAUAAUUUGGAGAUUGCAACGGAUCUAGUGGAAUGCAUGAUGGGCUUUCUGACUGAAUUUCCAGGAUUUAAGGAUGUGGACAUUUAUAUUUUUUCUCAGUCAUAUGGGGGUAAAAUGGCCUCAGAAUUUGCAUUGGAGUGGUACAAGGCACAGAAGGCGGGAAAUAUCCAGAGUAAUCUCAAAGGUGUCGGGCUAGGAAACUCUUGGAUAUCUCCAAUAGACAGUAUGCGAUCUUGGGCUCCAUUUCUAUUCUCAGUGGGUGCAGUUGAUACCCGAGGUAAAGAGGCUAUUGAAAUAUUGGUACGGGAUACCGAGAGGGCAACAAACGAAGGCUCGUGGAAAAGAGCCAUGAAUUUAUAUUGGGACACUGCGAAUCUCGUCAGUAAUCUCACCAGCAGUAUGGAUUUUUAUAACAUCCUUGAAAAAGUCAGGGUAGACGGGAGUUCAGAAGAACCAACACCUCUGGACAGACUCAUGCAAACCCAAGUAUCAGCUGCACUUCAUGUCAAUGUAACGUGGGGCAAUCAAAGUGAUCAUGUUCUAAAUCAUUUGGAGAAUGAUUUUAUGAGGAAUGUGACUCAUAUUGUGAAAAAAUUAAUUGAUGAUACCGACUUAAAGAUAUUUGUAUUCAGCGGUCAGUUGGAUUUUAUAGUCGCAACCCUGGGAACUGUUAGUUGGGUGGAAAAACUUCAGGAGAAUGACGAUGAGUGGAAAAAUUCUCCGAGGAAGCCUCUUAUUGUUAACAAUGUCGUUGAGGGAUAUCAAAAGAAAUCGAAAAAUUUCGAAAUGUAUUGGAUCAACAGGGCUGGUCACAGCGUACCAGCAGAUAAUCCUAUUGCUGCGAGAGAAAUGCUCAUUCAUAUGAUUAAAGGUCCGAGCUUGGUUCCUGUUAAUGGAGAUUAAUUUCAGGAGGGAAGUGAUUACGAUUUUUAAGUAUGCGAAGGAGAGUGACUGUUUUAUAAAUUCUAUAUUUUUCAUAAGCCAAUGAUUUAUUUCACAUAAAUUCGCUUCAGAUGAUAAUAAAACUUU